AUGUGUAAUCAAGAAGAAGAUUGUUCUUGUUUAUUCACUUCAAUUUCUAAAAAGAAAGAAAGGAUAUCACAUUGUAUUAAAUGUCAAUCUCCACCAGCUGUAUUAAUUAGAAAAGAUGAUCCAUCAUUAUGCAAAUCAUGUUUUAUUAAUCAAUGUUAUCAUAAACUAAAUACAAUAUUUGGAAAAUAUAAAUUAAAUUCUAUAAUGAAUAAUAUGGCUAUAGCUUAUUCAGGUGGUCAAAAUUCAUCAACUUUAUUAAAAUUAAUACUGAAGGAUAAUGAUAAUAAUGGAAUAAUGAAACGAAAUCCAAACAAUGUGCCAAAGGUAUUCCAUCUUGUUGAAUCAUCCGAUUCACCAGCUAAUUUAGAAUUAAUUACAAAAAUAAUGAAGAAUAGUGGUAUGGAAUAUUAUAAUAUUACAAUGAAUGAAAUUACAGAAGUAAAUGAGAAAUGGACUAGUCAAUUGACUUCUUCAACACUUAGUAAUAAACAACGUUAUCAUGAUUAUUAUCGAUUAAAUUUAUUAAUUAAAUGUACAAAAAAACUGAAUUGUAAAUAUUUAAUGAUGGGUGAUUGUAGUAAUAGAAUGACAGUGAAAUAUUUAUUAGAAAUAAUAGAAGGUCGUGGAAAUUAUAGUAGUAUACAAACAUCAUUCUUUGAUGAACGAUACCAAGAUAUAACAAUUGUUAGACCAUUACGUGAUUUUUUGGCGAAAGAAAUAGCUUUAUUCGCUCAUUUCAUGCAUUUGGAGUAUGUUACACCCAAUAAUCCAUUAACAUCGAUUGUGCUUAAAAAUCCUAAUGUCAAUACAUUGGAAAGAUUAACUCAGGAUUUCUUAUCUGGAUUACAAGCUGGUGGAUUCCCAUCAACUACUGGAACUAUUCUUAGAACAUCUUCGAAAAUUGUGUUGGAAAAUGACUCUAAAAUGACAUGUAGUUUCUGUCAUUUUCCUAUAUCCAAUACUGACUCUUCUAAUGAUCCUGAUAGGUUGGCUACGGAAUCUAUGAUACAUUCUUCUUCUUUAUCCAACCCUGAUUCUUCUAGUAAAAAAACAGUUCCUGGGGUUAUUGAGAAGGACUUAUGUUUUUCUUGUUCAUUAAUGUUCAAGGAACUUUCUCUUUGUACAUAAAAAGAUUUUUAGUAAUUUUUCCCGGUUUCUGUUUUGCUACUUUUUAUCCAAAACGGUACGGAUCCACUAGAUAAAAAGUGGCAAUGCAAUCAAAGAUGCAAUCCUCCGAAAAUUGUUUUCCACCUGUUAUCUUGGUAGGUAAUGUUUAAGGAUUGAUUCGUAUUGUUGUCCCUCAGUGACUUCGAAUAGAGCUUGUGUGUGGAGAGUGUCAUACCGAGGUCAUAAAGUUUAUGACGUUUGAUACGCUUCAAGAAACUGUCCUGUAAUUCUAAUCCACUAGAAAGACCCUAACUUGCGGUUAUCUGAUAGAUAAGGGAAGUGCUCGUGUGGGUUUCCUAAAGAUUUGAACCUAUAGUGCGGUGUGUGUACAAAAGUGGUCUGACACCUGCUAUCAAGUAUAAGACGUUUCCACUCAGCCUGACUAAUCGUUUACUCCGUUUGUUGUCUCCUCUCAUACCUAAACGACAGAAAUCUCUAACAUCAUUAGCAAGUACCCCGGCGACUCGCUUUGUUCAUUCUUCGUGUUUUAUGUUGCCGCUAGACAGUUAGGUAUCUAUCCAAUGUUUUCUGAAGCUGAUAAUAUAAAGUUUGAAGUGGGUAAUAAAUUUAUUGUUCUAUGUUCUACACAAACCAAUUGCCGCUACUUUGGUAGACCUACAAAGUAAUACAACAAUUUAAUAAUUCACUCUAGGGAGGGCAGGGUCCCUCAUUUGUUCGAAUUUAAUGGAUUUUGAUAGUGCCUUCAGUAGACUCAUCUACAAGAGUUAGGGGUAGGACGAAACCAGAAAGGCAACUACUUCGAACAGUAGGUUGGUUCACGUUUUUCUCUUCGGUGUCAGCUUGAGCUAUCUAUCCCUGAGAACAUGGACAGUCUAUUUUAAUGAUAAGUAAUGUGAUUCCAUGCGGAUAGCCUUCUGAUAGAUCUCAUGUAAGGGAUUACUAACUGAGUAUUGCUUAAAAUGAGGACGGCGUCUCUCUAUUGUUUUGUAGGGUUUUACAGUCUCAAAACAAGUUGACGGCACGUUAGAAAAUAACCAGUGUACGAUGUGGGCCAGUAUAAGUACGUUCCCGGAUGAGCUUCUGCUCGUUCAUGAAUAACGAAGACGUUCCAGUUAACCUACACUGUAGUUGACUUAGAUCACAGGAGAUUCUUCGGUAAUCUUAGGAUCUUUGUUCGACAAAGAAUGUAACCAAUAAAAAAAACUGGUGAAUCUGAAGACAACUUGUCCACGAGUAGGGUUCGUUUCCGCAGCGAAUCUACAGGUAUUUUUUGCACAACUCAAUGGCGAUGAGACUUAAUUUGAUCUUAGCUUC